UACGGUCACACUACGUGCAAGCUGUUUAUUUUCUCGAGUCGGAAAAUUGCUCACAUUUUCGGUCUCAUUUAAUAUAUAAGAUAGCCGGAAAAAGGGGAGAAAAAAAGCUGAGCAGCCAUGUCGGCCUUCACGGAGACGGCUCUCCUCAAGAAACUGGCCGAAUUGAACAGCAGCCAGCAGAGCAUCCAGACCUUAUCCUUGUGGCUGAUUCACCAUCGCAAGCAUAGUGCGGCGAUUGUGAAAACCUGGCAAAGGGAAUUGGAAAAUGUUGCCGAGCCCAAGAAACUAACCUUCAUGUACCUGGCCAACGAUGUGAUCCAGAACAGCAAGAAGAAGGGUCCGGAGUAUGGCAAGGAGUUCAACCAGGUGCUGGGCAAGGUUUUCGCCCACAUUGGUGAGAAAUGUGGCUCCGACAAGCUACUGGGCAGCCUGGGCAGGAUCUUAAACAUUUGGCUAGAGCGUGGCGUCUACGAUCCCAAGGCCAUUGCGGAUUGGAGGUCACGAUUGCACCGGGAAACCACUACCACCAAUGGCAAAUCCUAUGGCGGCGGUGGAGCCAGUGAAAAGCCAGAAAAGUCGGAAAAGCCAGAAAAGGCGGAAAAAGAGCAUGGCCACAAGGAGAAAUCGGAACGCCGGGAGAAGCGCAAGCACGAGGAUCGUCACUCCAAGUCGAAGCGUUCCAGGCAACAUGCUCAACCGACUACAGGCAGCAGCACCAGCACCAGCAAUAGCUCCGCCAAUAACAGUGCUCCUCCGCCCGAGGAAGUCGUAGUUGUGGAGCCGGAAAAUGGCCAUACACCACCGUAUUUGCCUCUGGGCGAACCCCCCGAACCCGAGGAGCUCAUCAAGGCCCUGACCAGCAUCGAGAACUCCGCCUCCAGUGAUGCAGUGGUGCGCGAGAGGAUCGCCAAGCUGCCGCAGGAAAUAUCCGAGAUCAGCUGCAUCAGCAAGCUGGAGGACAAGGACAAGGCCAAGGCUCUGGCCGUGCAGGUCAACGAAGCUGUGGAUCUGCUCAAUGAUUACAACGCUCGACUGGCGGCGGAAAUGGAGGAGCGCACCAAGUUGGCCACCAUGCUGCGGGAUUUUCAAGUGGAGCAAAAGGAACUUCUGUCCCAGGCUGAGCUACGUCUCGAUGAACACAAGAAGAAGCUGGCCAGGAUGUUGGGCCUGCAGAAGGAGAUCCACGAUCACCUGUCCAACCUGCCCGACCUGACGCAAUUGCCGGAUGUGACCGGCGGACUGGCGCCCCUGCCCUCCGCCGGCGAUCUCUUCAACGCCCUGCAUUAAUGGCGAUCCCGAUACUGAUUCGGAGCCACUUAAAGUCGUGUUUAGAGUUUAUACAUACUUAUACCUUAUAUUUGCAAUUGUUCCCCUAUUGGCAAACCCUGAUUGUAAUCCAAAACACACACACGCCCACUAAUUACGUUUGAAUAAUAGCAGCUAAUUGCCAGCAACUUA